AAAAGUGGAUGCACGGCGCUGCUCUACGGCCUAGAAAAAGCGUCCCACGAAAGUCGCCAGCAUUGCCUCUCUCAGGCUUCUCUCUGCGGAAAAUGUGCACAUAAAUUAUUAAAAAUAGCUACUUUCGAUAACUAAUACUGUAUUCAAUUAAAGCAGUUUGAAUUGCAUUUGGAAUAAAUUAAUUUUUUUAUCGAUAUAUAUUCGCCUCAAAAUAUGUUCAUGUGAAUUGUGAAUAAACAUCUGCAGGAGCUGGACAUAAAAUGGCGUAUCGAUUGUUGUAUCAUUAUUAUUCAAGUGUCAGAAUGCUACCUAAAUUGGAAUUAAUUGCCGCAGCAUGUGAAAAUAUGGGUAUUGGAAUAAAUGGUGAUUUACCCUGGCGUUUGAAGACUGAAAUGGCGUUCUUUACACGGAUGACAACUGACACAAAGGAUAAAAAUAAAAAGAAUGUCGUACUUAUGGGCCGGCGCACGUGGGAUUGUAUCCCCGAAAAAUACCGACCUUUAAAGGAUCGCAUAAACAUGGUGUUAACGUCACAAUCAUUAGAUUAUGGAGAUAAGGCAAUAACAUGCAAAAGUAUACCACAUGCUAUCGAAGUGCUUACAGAAAUGCAAAAUCAAAUAGAAAGGGUAUGGGUAAUAGGAGGAAGUAGCGUGUACAAGGUAUCUUGUGGCGCCAUGGAAUCCCCGUAUUUUGGACGAUUGUAUUUGACGCGUAUAAAGAAAGAAUUUGAAUGUGAUACAUUCUUUCCCCCUAUUCCAAAUAACUUUGUAUUGAUAAAGGAUCCAACUGUACCACAAGAUAUCCAAGAAGAAAAAGGAAUAAAAUUUGUAUAUGAAGUAUAUGAAAAAAGAUAAUUACCAGAUACCUCAAUAUUUUAGUUAGUGAAGUUAUUCAUGACAGAAAGAGAGACACUAUUUUUAUAAAAUAUUUUCUUUGCUAUGUAUCUAUAGUAUCUAAUAAAAACAUGAAACAUUGUGACAAACA